AUGAGAUUGGAACCAGCAGAAGAUGCAACAGCACCAGCUCCACAAGCAGCAGCUCAGCCCGCGGCAGAUGCCACGCCCAGUCCCCGCGGAACGCCGUGCGGCGGAGGUUCUCCUCCGCGCGGAGAACAGGAGCCGGUGGCGAAGAAGAAUGCCGGACGUGGGAGGGUGGCAUGGCCAGGAAUCACUCCAGGCGCCAUCCCUGCCGGCAGCGAGAAAGAGUUGGCUUUAAAGCUGCAGAGGAGGUUGGUGAAGGUGGAAGAAGAAGGUCUGGUCCUCACGACGUGUCAACGACCCGUGUCGACGGCGGAUGCACGUGCCUGGAGCGCAGCGGAGGCCAAGGCUGCGCGCCAGCCCAAGUGGGGCCUAUGCACCGCACAGCUCCUGUAUGCCUCAAAGCGGCAUUCAUGGUUCGACUUCGAGGAGCUUGAGCAGGAAGAAGAACGAGGUGAUGAAAUGCGUCUGAGUGGCGCGGGCGCUCUCGAGCCGGCCUAA